GCCGCUAUUCGUAUUUCUUACGACCACAUUAUAGUGACGGACCGGAUACAGCGUGCUACAACUAAGGCGAGAGGUGAAAGCGUGAAGAGUUGAAACGUCUUUAAGCAAAAACAGAGUCUGGGUUGGCAUAAGUAUCAAGGAAAGCAAAUAAGUAGGUGCUGCACCAAUUUACGUCUUUAAGAAAUACAGCCAUGUUCAGAAAGCCAACAUUGCAGAUUAUUAGGCACUGCAUUAGAUGCCAGUCAAAUGAAGCCAACUCUCUUAUCCUGGAAAGAUCUAUGAAUAGAGUUCAACUACUAGGACGAGUCGGACAGGACCCAGUCAUGCGUCAAGUAGAAGGCCGAAAUCCUGUCACCAUUUUUUCCAUGGCCACAAAUGAAAUGUGGCGAUCAGGUGAAGGAGAAACAAGUUUUACAGGAGAUGUAACCCAGAAAACUACAUGGCAUCGCAUUUCUGUAUUCAGACCAGGCUUACGGGAUGUAGCAUACCAGUAUGUGAAAAAAGGAGCUCGUGUUAUGGUUGAAGGCAAGAUAGAUUAUGGGGAGUAUGUGGACAAAAAUAAUGUGAGAAGGCAAGCAACUACGAUCAUAGCAGAUAACAUUAUUUUUUUAUCUGAUAAUCUGAAGGAGAGAGAAUGAGAACAUUUGUACCUGAAACGAGGUCCUCAGAUGUUUGCUUUAACACUAUUUUUUAGUAAGCAUCCCACUUUCGAUCGGCCUAUUUGAAAAGGAGAAACAAUGCAGCAUCCAUAUAUAGACUACUCCUGUCAGAAGUGUGUGAUUGGUAAAUUCCAUUCUUUAUUAUGACCAACUAAUAUGAAAAUGCUCAAAGAAGCAGCACCUUUGAAGAAGAAUAAUCAAGAAACGUGAAAUAAUAGAUGAAAACAGCUACUUGGAUCAAAAAAUGCUAGUGAAAACAUCACUGAUAUGUAUACAUCUGUGAAUAUUUAUUUUAGGUCCUGUACUGAAUUUGUAUAACGUAGAUUGCUGUAUUAUAGAAUAUACUAUUUUUGAUAUAUUUUUGUUUCAAGCCAAAUCUAAUAAUGGCAGAAAGCUAAGGCUCAGCUAGACUUUUGUUCUUAAUGUUAAUUUACAUAUACAGUAUACAAGUAUACUUCCUUAGCAUUCCUUUCCUUUCCUUACACAAGCCUUUGCUGCUUAUCAGGUUCUCAUAAUUGAAAUUUUUAGCACUUCCGUUCUGCUGAUAAUGUCAUUUUUAGGUUCCCCGCAGAUCUAUUUAGCUGUACAAGUCAGAACCGGCCCACUUUGAAUUAAGGCUCCUUUUUAGCACUUGGCUGACAUACUUGGACCCCCCGAAUGUGUAUAUACUUCUGCAAGCCAGUAAUGAGAGAACUGGAUUGUUUCUGUUUUCCUGUAAAUCAUGCAGGAUCCUGGUUUUCUCAGUUUGUUAACUAAGCUUGAAUAGUUUACACUCAUUCACUAUAUACAUUUUAUCUUGGUUUAAUUCUGUGUCUGUUUAGUUAAUAAAAAAGAAUUCAUGUU